CGAACUAGUUUACUCUACUACCUCCUAAUAGCAAACAUUAAAACAAGCUCGUGUAAAGAUCGUCAAGGGCGGGAGACCGAUAGGAGUGUAGGGUUAGAAAAAUUCCAUUCGUGUGAAUUCGUUCCGAUGCCGACAACUGGAGGAAACGUGUCAGCAACAAGAGGCUCGCCCGUGGUGGUGAAAAUCGUGGGCAGCUUUAUUUUGUGCGCAGCAUCGAGAUUUGCGUAGCGUGUUUCUAGGUUAUAAAGUAGCGAGUGUCCGAGUAGGACUCUGACAGAAGCCGUGUUGCAUUCCGAUAAAAUAAGUUUUCGUUGAAAAUGACAGGUAGUGUCGAUAAAGAGAAAACAAAGGACAGAAAGAAAAAAGAUACGUGAAGGUAGUGCCAGCUGAAAAUGAUCAUUUCGAAGAGCACAAUGACUGGUGUCUCCUAGCAAAAAGGAUAAAAAGCGUCUCCGUCGCGUUACGCUUGUGGUACAGUUUUGUAAAAAAAGAAGCUUGUGCCUUUCGCGGGGCGUCAGUGUUCCUGUAGAGUAUGUCGGGGUGAAGGGUUUCUCGCGUUUGAGUUCUUUUUCCAUGUUUUUAGCCGGCAAGAGAUACGAGCGCGAGGUGAUGAAACGAGAAUGGAGUCAAGGAAUGUUAUAAGAUAGAAGGGUUAUAGUAAACGAGACUGAAAAUGAAAGACAUAAAAUGAGAAUAAAGUUUAUAAAGACAGUAGCAUCGGUGGCAGUGGCAGUGGCGGCAUUUAUCGGACGCAUCCGGCAGGGUCUUUUGUCGUACGCCACGCCUCCGACGCGUUUGCGCAUCGCGUUUUGCGCAACAGUUGGGAAGUUGGAAUUUUGCCCCGAAUUUCCUCUCCGUGCCCCGUAAGCCAGACGUUGCCGUCCGCGUUCCAAAAUAAGGAAAAGCGGCCAGUUGCAAAACUGGGAGUAGGCUUUUUUCGUGGAAAUCCUUGUUGAACGUCAUAAUCGAGGGUCGCGUGCGCGAGCCACGACCGAAGUAGACGAUAUUACGGGUGUUUCUUUCUGAACGGGAUCUUCCGCGUCGACCCUGUUCGUAAAUGGGACCACGGUGGGCUAUAUUAGCGACGUUUCACUACGCUAAUUAGCGGUUAAUUUGAGGUUAGCCAGCGAUACCAACGGAUCGCGGCGGAGCGAUUAGUCGAAGGACGCAUCAGAGAGGGAUAGAUAAAGGGGGGAUCGGAAACGUGAGAGAAACAGAGGAGGAGCCAAUUGAGACGAUAUCAGGGACAGGACAGAGAAAGGGGAGUAUUCAUAGUAAAUGUCGUCGACGACUGUACCCGUGGAGAACGUGGUGUCCGCGCCCCGGAUACGUCGGCGCCGAUGCAAAUUUAUAGGGACCUGGUUGUCGCACAAUCAAUUCGCGACAUGGCUCACGCCGGUCCGAGACGAUGACCAUAAGGCAUACUGUGCCCUUUGCGACAAGGUCUUCUCCGUAGCCCACGGAGGCCUGCACGACGUGCGCGCCCAUUGGAAGGGCAAACGGCACAUCGGCCUUCAGGCGACAAUUGCCACUGGCCAAUCCCGGGUCCUUUCUCAAGGAGUGGGAUUGGUGGAUCAGCCGCGGAACCAACUGCUUCCCGGUGCUUCCUCCUAUCAGGCUCACCAACUGCUCCCCGAAAGGACCCCGCUUGACGAUGUCGAGUUCAGCGAGCAGGAGAACAAGUUGGUGGUGAAACGUAGAAGCUGCUCUGGAGGGACGAAAGCUGAGCGUCGGAUCAACGAGGAGGGUGACGGCCGUUCCUUUUGGCUGAGGAAGGACCUCGAGGACCUAAUCGAGGCCGAGGAUAUACGUGAGAUCGACGAAUUCGAGGAUUCGGAUCGGUUCGAAUUCGAGCACCAGAUCAGCGACUGGUCCUGCGUCGAGGAAGACGCCGACGAGAGCAUUGCUACUGGGGAGGAGGAGGAAGGCGGCUACGAGACGGUGAACUACGGCUACAAGGGUGAAGAGGUGGUGGUGCCAAGCUUGCGCAUGCUACAGCAACGCAGCGGUUCAGCAUCAGCAACACCUUCGGCAUCCAACAUGUUUCCUCAGCAAUAUUGUCUAAGAUGGAAGUACCACCACAGCAACCUGCAGACGAUGUUCUCACAGCUACUGGAGAGGCAAGCUUACUGCGACGUGACGCUAGCCUGCGAGGGUAAAACGCUGCGAGCGCACAAGGUCGUCUUAUCGGCGUGCAGCACGUACUUCGACAGCAUCUUAUCACAGUACGAGGAGAAGGAUCCGAUCGUGAUCAUGCGUGACGUCAAAUUCUCCGACAUCAAGGUACUCGUCGAGUUCAUGUACAAAGGAGAGAUCAACAUCGAUCACACAAGGCUAUCGUCCCUGCUGAAGACGGCCGAGGACCUUCACAUAAAAGGAUUGGCGGAAGUCAGCUGGCGCAGCGACUCCACGCAGAAUGACCUGAGCAACAGUGGACACAGUCCUGGCGCCGGCACUCCUGGGGUCGAGACGGUCCUUAGGGAGGGCGAGGCCGACGAACCGCCGCCGCCUAAGCAGAGACGCAGAGGACGUCCUCCUCUCGACGAUCCGCCGUCGGCACACGACGUCUUCACGCCGAAAGUCACCUGUAUUACCGGAAAUGUAGGCACAGAAGACACAUUCCCUGUAAGCCAGGAGGAGAUGAUGAGCGAGGGCGAUCAUGAAAGUUGGGAUGACGAGAUGAUGAUGUCUGAAAACAAUGAAACCCCACUACCCGUGUUGUCCUACAUGUGCAAAGACGAGAAUACAUCGGAUCAGGAGAAGAAAGCGUCGACGACUCCGGCAAAUUCGAACGCGACGAAUCCGGCGAUUCCAGAACAAUUUCGAGACGUCGUUAAGAUGAACGACUAUCUUACAACGGGACGACGUCAGGAGUUCUGGGAGGAACCGUUCACGCGACGCGUCAUGGACGCGAUAAAGAGCAAGGAACUGGAGAUGAAGACUGCUGCUGAGAUACUCGGCGUCUCUUAUGGAACUCUCUAUGGCAGAUACCGCGACAGCUAUGGAUGCCUUAAACACCCCUACAGAGUAAGAGACUUUUGGUCCGAACCUGGACCUGCGGAGGUUCUGGCGAAGCUGCGAAGAAAGGAGAUCACGUUGUUCCGGGCGGCGGAGUUCCUCAACGUGACUGUCCACACCCUGGCUACCUACUUGUCGACGUUACAAGGUCCGGACAGGAUUUCCCUGGCUGGUGAAUUGAGCACAGCAGCCAGUAACGUGGACGGGAACAACGACACGGACAGCGACGCCGUUAACGACAUCCUGCAGAAGAUCAACGUGAACGCGGCCAAUGCAGCGACGCCCACGACCUCGACGACGAUCAAGAGGGAAGGUGGCGGUUACAUAGAGGUACCGACAUCGGUACCCAAGGCGGCCACGUCGGUCCUCGAAAACAAUCCUGACAUAACCAUAGUUAAGACCGAGAGCACGAUGCGCAAACGGGAAUACUCAAAAGUCUCCAACACGGAGAACAAUAACGCGAAGCUCAUGAGUGGCGGCGCCGUCAGUGAGAUCUCGCAACAGAAACUAUCCGAUCCGCUGUCGUUAAACAACGACAACAGCAAACCCUAACUAUUCAGGCCUUACCUGACCCCGGCAAAUCCCAGAACGCCCAACACCAGCUACAGAUCUGAAUUGUGCCCGCGCAGAUUUUACUCGAACGUAUUCACGCGCUUUCUCACGAAUUUUCAUUUGAAAUAGAAUAUACCGAAUACGCGGGACUUGCCUAGCGGUCUCUCAUUGUAUCCCUCGCUCUGUCACUAUCAUUAUCUCUCCACAUAUCUGUCCACCCUAUUUGUAUGACCAUUAUAGUAGCCGCGACGACCUCUACUGUACUGCGACUGGUUACUCGUAUUCAUAAUCGUGCGACGAUCGGUCGAUGAUCCGAUUUAAUUAUUUACUCGAUCGCAUUCAUUCGAGUAUGUCAUUGGACUUGAGAUCGGCCAAGUUUUUCCCAGGAGACAUUGCUCGAGGAUCAUAUUUCUUUUUUUUAGUCACGCUGCUCGAACUUCUGGCGCAUAGAUUCAGAUCGGCAGUACGCAAUCCUUAAAUUUUAGACUAGUAUAAUUCGAUCCUCGUCGUGGCAAUUUAGACUUCUUUAAACGAGUAUAUUUAUUUUACUCCUUCUCUUUUUCUUUCUCUUCUUUUCCUUAUUCUUUGGUGUUUUUUCUUUUUUAACCAUCCCCACUUCGCAGUACCUAAUAACGUCGGAGCGCCGAUUCCUCCUGAACGAGAUAGCCACCUAUGGUAGAUCUAAUUUUCGUUACGUCAGAAUUGAUUCGCUUCGUUUCUACUUACGGUAGAAACGGAUCUUUGGCCUUUGCAAGAUAAGAAAGAAAGAAAGAAAAAAUAAGGAAAACCUAUAAAGUUCAAUUGAAGUUCCUUUCGAAUACUUGAUAUAGGUAAUAAUCGCAAAGAUGCUUAAGACUAUUUUCUGCCGCGUGUGUAUUUGUACGAUUGGGCGUUGAAACAGUGGCGACAAUAUCUUCAAAUACGUGUAGGACCGGUUCAAUAGCAAUUCUGGGCUGACAGAUUCGAUUGCGUAAUAUAUUAUUAAAACUAACUGUUGCGCGAGGGACUUUGCCUCGCGUGUCUUCGACAUUAGGAUACGCGAGUGCGUUUGGUUUAAUGAAUUUUACUGAUUGGAUUCUGUCGGAUAGAGAAAGUAGAAAGAAAAAAAAAAUCUCUGAGCGUAAUCGCGAAUAGGGAGCCUUAAAGAAUGAAGGAAAGGAAGAAAAAAGAAAGAUUGAAAAAAAAAAGACACAACAAAGAAUUCCGUUAAGGAGCACUUGGCAUUAAGCCGUUGCGAAUUAAGAUUUUCUUUUUCUUUGUUCUCAAUAUACAUAUAUUAUGUAUUAACGAUCAUUCGUACGUUGACAUUUUUAUUUUAUUUUUUACUAUCUGAGCCGUGCGGGUCACGCGACGGCGGUUUCGUUUCUUUUUUUCUCUCUCUCUCUCUCUUUCUCUCGAAGCUCUGUGACAAAUUCGCGGACACAGGGCUGCGAGAGAAGUUUACCAAGGGCGCGUUUUCACGACAAUUAAACAUGUAAAAACAGCCACGGACUCUUCACCAGCGUUCCGAAACCGGCGCUUUAAGACUUUACAAUUCUUAUACAGGCAUAUUUUCCCAUUUCGACUACUUAAUUAUAUAUUUUUUUAUUUACUCUUUUUUUUCGAACACACUCAUACACAGACACACAUAUGUAUACGCGUAACACUCUAUCGUCCCUUUUUAUAAAGAUUUAGAACUAUGCACGUAGGUGUUUUAGAAAAACAUUAUAUAUACAUUAUUAUUGUAUACACACAGAAACACACGUGCGAGUGUUCAUCUUUUUUCUUUUAUACAAAUAGAAAUUUUAAGUGACUUUUUAUUUAAAGUUUAACGUAUUAAUUCGAUUGACAUUGAAACCGAAUUUAUUUGAGACAGUACGAAGCAUAAACGUCCAUUGUAAAUAUCGGUGCAAUAGCGAGACCUAAAAAAAAAAUAGAAGACAAGCGAAAUAAGCAGAAGAUGAAAAUGAAAGAUUAUUAUUAUUAUUAUUAUUAUUAUUAUUAUUAUUAUUAUUAUUAAUUGUUGCUAAGCGUGUCCCGGGCGAUGCUAUUUUAGUGUGAACAAAAGGAAAGGGAUAAGAAAGAGUGGAAGACAAAAGGACUAUAUAUAUAUAUAUAUAUAUAUAUAUAUAUAUAUAUUAUUAAUUAUUAAAGGAUAAAAUACGUGGAAGGAACGAAAAGAAAAUAAGAAUUUGAAUUUGAAAAGAAAAAACCAAACCCGUAUAAAUGACGUCCGCUUUUACGUCGUGCAAUCGUUCUUUUCAGGGAGAAUCAAUCGCGAUACUCUAAUCGGCAUGUAUAUUCGGGUCGUCGAUGCCUCCGUCGGUCGGUACAGGCCGCUCGCGAUUCGCCUUGAUUGACGUUUACUAAUAUUUUAAAAAUAAUUUUUAUUUUGGAUUCUUUUCCUGGACUGUAUAAUAAAAAAGUAAAAGAAAGAAGAAAAGGAGGGAAGGACCUUUUCGGGCAGGCAUAAUUUCACUCGUGACUUAUAAACGCUAAAGGCCCCAACUCCGAUUAUUAUCGAACCGUACUCCGUGAGACAAUGACUUGAAAUGAGUAUUCCUGUUUGCUGAUGAUAAGCGAAAGAAAGAAAGAAAAAAAAAAACCUAUGUAAGAAGUAAGAAUAUAGUAGAGGUAUUCCCAUUGAUAUUUUUGAUGACGUAAGACUUAGUUGCAUUGAUACAUUCGUUACACACAUAUAUAUAUAUAUACAUAUAUAUACGCAAUCAUAUAUCUAUAUAUAUAUAUGUAUACGCAAAAGUAUGUAUAUAUAUAUAGAUCCGGGUGCUUGUAAAGUAAUCAGAUGAAACGUAAGCGGGAUCCUUGCUUUUAGCACGAAAGCUGCGUCUUUAAUUUAGAAAUUUAUGUUAUUUUUUUUUGUUUUUUUUUUUGUUUCGUUAAUUACAAAAUUGUCAAAGACGAAAAUGAAAGUGGUAUUGUGAUAUGUGUAUAUACCAAGGUUGUAGAUAUGAGGGAAUGUAUUUGAAAUGUGUUCGACGCGCAUAGGCCGAGUACGUGUUACUUUCUAUUAAUUUCUGUUUUUCUUUUUUUUCCCUCUACUCUUUUCUCUUUAUAUUUCAUCCCUUUCUCUAUCUUCGUCUCUUCCUCUCGAGUUUGUCUCUGCUCUCUUUUUCUCCUUACUGUCUGUCUCUGUUUAUAUUAUUUUAUUUUUUUUUAUAGAAAAAAAAAAAAAAUUCGAUUAACCUGCGCAUCGCGAAUUCGAUCAGGAUACAAUCCUCGUCGCGAAAUCGCGUGGAACCAAAGCUUUAUGAAACUAUACCCGCCGCCAAAAAAAAAAAGAAAAUGAAAAGAUUAAGAAGAAAAACACGAAGACAUAAUAACGUAGCGACACGCGAUAGAGGGAAAUGUAGAGUCC